GUCAAUAAUGGAGUUUCAGACGUGAGAGGAAGAGGGGGAAAUGGCGAUAACACUGAACAAUGGCUUCAAGAUGCCAAUAAUCGGACUUGGAGUUUGGCGAAUGCAAGGACAAGAAAUCAAAGAUCUUAUUAUCAAUUCAAUCAAAAUCGGUUAUCGUCAUUUCGAUUGUGCUGCCGAUUACAAGAACGAAACUGAAGUUGGAGAAGCGCUUAAAGAAGCUUUUGACACUGGACUUGUGAAGAGGGAAGAUCUUUUCAUUACCACCAAGCUAUGGAACUCUGAUCAUGGACACGUUGUUGAGGCUUGUAAGGAUAGUCUUAAGAAGCUUCAGUUAGAUUAUCUCGAUUUAUAUCUUGUUCACUUUCCGGUAGCCACAAGGCACACUGGGGUUGGUACUACUGAUAGUGCUUUGGGUGAAGAUGGUGUCCUGGAUAUUGAUACAACCAUAUCCCUGGAAACUACAUGGCAUGCAAUGGAAGGUCUUGUUUCAACGGGCUUGGUUCGCAGCAUAGGGAUCAGCAACUAUGAUAUCUUUCUGACUAGAGAUUGUUUAGCAUACUCCAAGAUAAAGCCUGCUGUGAAUCAAAUCGAAACUCAUCCAUACUUCCAGCGUGAAUCUCUAGUUAAAUUUUGUCAGAAGCAUGGAAUUUGUGUAACAGCCCACACUCCACUGGGAGGUGCUGCAGCUAACACAGAAUGGUUUGGUACAGUCUCAUGUUUGGAUGACCAAGUUCUCAAAGGUCUGGCUGAAAAAUACAAAAAGACUGCUGCCCAGAUUGCUCUUCGCUGGGGAAUUCAAAGGAACACUGUUGUCAUUCCUAAAACAUCGAAACUGGAUAGAUUGAAAGAGAACUUCCAGGUAUUUGAUUUUGAGUUGUCUAAAGAGGACGCAGAUCUCAUCAGUAAUAUGGACAAGAAAUAUCGAACUAAUCAACCGGCCAAGUUCUGGGGCAUAGACCUUUACGCUUGAGAAUGUUCUUCUUUUCUAAGCAUGUAUCACGGACCUCAAAUAUUCAAGAAAACAUCAUGGCCGUUCAACUUUGACACUUGUAUUGACAUUUUGAUUUGGCAUAUUCUAAUCUUUUGGGUCCUCCAUUUUAGUUGAUUUAAUGAACUAUGCUUGGUAACGAAUGUAGAAUUAUCUACCACUCUUAUGAAAAAAAUUGGACUAAAUGAGAGAAAAUCUAGAAUAUUUUGUUACUUAAUAUACUUAUCCAUUUCUUUA